GUAAUCAAUCAUCAAUGGCCCAGUUGCUCUUUAAUGCCAACUAUUGGGCUUGGUCCAAACAUUCUAUGGGUGCUUGAGUCUUGUGGAACAGAUAUUUUAAAAUGUGCCCAUGCUCUUCAGUCCCCAUCUGAUACGAGGCGAAAUAAGGUAUGUAAGAUUAAAUUUAGAGACAUAUCUGCCUUAGUUAGUUUGAGAGGAAUGUGGCCCUGUUAAGAUAUUUUCAUUUGCGUCACAUUCAGGCAAAACAAACAGAAAUCGCCCAUUUCAGAACUCGGGAUUUUACACACUCAAUCCGCUAGGGGCAGUCGAGUACAACUCAGAAAUUACUCUUCAGGAGCCCGCCCAUGGGAAUGACAGUGCUAUCCCUGAGUAGCAUUGUUUUGGCUAUUGGUAUAAAUUAAACCAUGACUAAAUUACAAAGUUCGUUUUCACGAAUUAAAGUUUAAUUUCAAAGUUUUCAAAGUAAGCUUCAUUUCAAGGUGAGAAAGUGACAUGCUAUUUGGGUGUGGUGCAAACACAAAAGAAAUGGGUGUUCCCAUAGAAAUGUCUCCAAAGCUUUCAGUCUGCAUGGUUCUCCUGGCUGUAGUCUCUAACAGAGUGUUAAGUGCAACAGAACUAGGACAACAUAACUCUACAGAACUGGUUCCUGAUGGCACUUCAUGCUGGCAAAAAGAGGAGUUUGAGGUGCUGGGGGAAUGUUCUCCAUGCGAUUCUAUUCAGUCAAAAUGGUGGCCUGCCUGUCAUCCCACUGGUUACAUUGAAAAGGUCAACUGUUUAAAGUCCAACAAGAAUGACUUUAAAAGUUGUCACUCUGCUGUGAGAGAGGAGAGUCUCUUCUGGCGGUUUGAGGCAGUGAUGAUGGGCCUGACUGUUUUCUUCGUGCUGGUGGUCGUCAAGCGCCAGCAGGUGUUGGAUCGCAAAGCAUCAGUGAGGGUUUGGAAACAGAUUCAGUCUUCAGAGUAGCUUACCAUGGUUCAGAAUGCUCGCAGCCGCACAGAAGGUUGCUUCUUCACAGAGUUUAUUUGUAUGUGACUUGAAGAGGCAAGGCAAGGCAACUUUAUGUAUAUAGUGCAUUUCAUGCACAUGUGCAACUCAAUGUGCUUUACAUGGAAAGACAAUAAAGCAUUGAAAUAAAUAAAAGGAUACAAAAAAAUAAGAGUAAAGUGAAACAAGUAAAAAGAAGAUAAUAAACAAAAAUUUAAAAGUUCAUUCAAACCCAACACAGGAAUAGACCCUUAAGAGACUUCACAGAGGAGUCAAGAAAUAGGCCUAGAUAGUUUGUUCAAGCACACAUUAAGCGAACAGGAUAUAUCUCUCAUUUAUCCUUAAAAAAUAGGCCUAGAGAGUUUGUUCAACCACACAUUAGGCUAACAGGAUAUAUCUCUCAUUUAUCCUUGAGAGUUCAUCAAGCACACAUUAGGCGAGCAGGAUAUAAAGUGAGUUUCUCUUUUUUGUUGUUUUGGUUGUGGCUUAUUGAAUUUGUGCAAAUACACUACUGGCAGGUCUCAAUACCACAGAGAUAAGUUUUCACUUGAAACCUUGUAGCAGAAAUGGAUUAUGUUACAUCCAUGACUGGUUCUCUUGACUUGGACUCUUUAGAAAAAAAAGUUUACUUCCAAAAAAGGAAUCUUUCAUCUGAUAUGAUUAUGAAGUAUUUUUAUGAAGUGCCCUUAAUGUAUUUAUAUUGACAUACUGUUUAUAUUGCCAGUUGCAACAUUUUAUAAGAGUUCUAUGUUACUACAGUUUAAAGCAAUUUACAAGGAUUUGGCAUAUUUUCGUCUCUUGUACUUUUGAAUGAUACAAAGAUCUGUAAAGGGUUAAAUCAGAAAAGCUUUUGGUGUUGGUGCUAUGUAGGCUUUUCUUUUUGUGUUAGCUUUGUGUUUGUUUUUUCCCCUCAAAAUUCUGCCUGUUAUCUAUUAUACACUGGGCUUUAGUAUGAAAGCAUCAGAGGAUGGAUAUUAGUAAUCUACUGACAAUGGGAAUUGUUUAGGCUAACAGUGAAGUUACAGAAAUACAUAAGCCUUACCUUUUGCAAUAAUAAACUAUUUUUAUUGAAAAAUA